AAGAUCUAACACAGAUGGACUUAUAGCUCCAACCACAACUUCCCCUGUUGGCUGUGAGGUACGCAACAUUCAAGUUUUCACAAGAACAGAGUAAUAAAAACACCCAGUAUUCAUCGUGUUUGCUGUGGCCACUGAAGGAGCCCAGUUGACCGUGUUGAACCUGGUACCAUGGCCGUGUGGAACAGGAGCCCGUUAAUUGUUGCCAUUCUUUGGAUGUGUUUCGGAAGAGCCGCAGCGGGUCUCUCAGAUCCACAUGUGUGUUACGUGCUGGAUGGCAUCCUGUUUUUGUACGGCAUUAUCCUGACGGCUCUCUACUGUAGAAUUAAGAUCUACAAUGCGAGGCUGGCUGGAGCUAAGAACGCUAAGGUCAAGCCGAAUGCUGACGAGAGCAUCUAUACGGACUUGACUCCCCACGCCAAAGACACGUAUGAAACUAUUGGGCAGAAGAAGUGAUACGCAAAGCGAGAGACCAAGACAGAUGACAUUCUUCUACAUUUAUUGAUAUAUAUAUAUAUUUAAUUUUAGCAUAUCUUACCCUGCUUUUAUUUUGAGGGAAUGCGUGCAGUGUUUUGCAUUUCCUUUUAAAUUUAAUUUUAUGUUAUAAAGAGGACAAAACAGAAACAGGGAAGUUAAGUUCCUGAUGGGCAACUGAUUAUGCCUUCUUCUUUUUUGUUCUCUUGCACAUAUUUCAUUUUUUGCGUAUUUAGAAAACGGUUAUGCUUCCGACACAUUAUGUACAAAAAGUCUAAUUAAAUGAAUAUUAUAUUUUGUCUUUAAACUGUCCAACUAUCUUCCUCUUUAAAGCUAUUUGUAAGUGUUUUUAUAUAGGAGAGGCAACCAUCUCCCAAAGUAUUUAUGUUUUGUACAAGACGAUGUGAGUGAAUACAUGUAACGCCUUUUUUUCACACCUGAAAACCUGAGCAGUGUUACCUGUACACCACAGGAUGGCAGUGACGCACACACACACACACACACACACACACACACACACACACACACACACACACACACACACACACACACACACAAACACACACACACACACACACACACACACACACACACACACACACACACACACACACACACACACACACACACACACACACACACACACACACACACACACACCUUUCACAGACUGUUUUGAAUGUAAAGAGCUUCCUGCAGGAUGCAUAAAGCUGUUGUAUGAACACAAUCCUAUUAAAGGUGAACUUGCUCAUUACAUAAUGUUGUCUUUCAAUUACAGUUGUCAAUUAGGAAAACCCUGUCUCUUAAAUAUUACGUUGUGAAGGGAGUGGUAAACCUCCACUCGUCACAAGGUAAACAACCGCAAACAGAAAUGAAAACAGUCAUUUUCCGACUGUGGUUUGGCACUGUACAGUUUGUAUGAAGCUACGAAAGAUUUACGUUUGUCUGAAAAGCCAUCUACUUAUUAAAAAAAAAAAAGUUUACAGAGGAUUGUGGGGGAAAACAAUGUAUGAAAAACCAUGAAGUACUAUAAUGUACUUCUGAUUUAUGAGGUGAUCAGUUUAUUUGGAGAUUAAAUGUAACAAGAA